UCCAAACUUUUUAAUUUAUCGUUUUACCUUCAAAUCCAUCUGGAGCGGUUUUCCUGGGUAAUAACACAAGCUGGAGAUGCCUCGGAGGCGUAGAAGAGAUGGCAACUCUCAGGGUAUUCUGCCUCUUCGCGAGAGAUCCUUGGCCCACACUGUCUCCUGCUGGUAUUGUGAUUUCAAGACUACAGUUCUCAAUGAAAGAUUGUACGCUAUGGGGCGUCAGCACUCAAAGUUUCUACAACUCUGGUUCACAAUGGGAAUUGGAGUUAGUUUUUUGGCAAUGUUCGGGGUUAUUUUGAUUCUUAUACGGGAGUCAAGGUGGUUGGUGGCUUCUCAUGAAGAAGGAAAUACCUUAAUGGAGAAAUCAAAGAAGUCAUUAUAUGCAGCUCUUCCUGUGGUACCUGGAUUAAGUAUGCCUGUAAGAGACAUUGGCUACUUGUGCAUUGGGACUGUACUUUCUGUUGGAUUUCAUGAGUUUGGUCAUGCACUCGCAGCUGCAAGUGAAGGUGUGCAUGUUGAGUACAUUGCUGUAUUUUUGGCAAUCUUGUUUCCUGGAGCCUUUGUCGCUAUCAACUAUGAUAGGCUGGAGAUUUUGUCAUGUUCUCGGGUGCUUCGCAUAUACUGUGCAGGGGUUUGGCAUAAUGCUGUGUGUUGUGCAGCAUGUUGGUUAACAUUGGCAUUACUUCCUGUGGUUUUGCACCUCCUGUACACACAUGGCGAAAAUCCAGUGGUGUUGAGUGUUCCUCCGACAUCAUCUUUGGCUGGAUAUUUGUCUCCAGGAGAAAUAAUAUUGGAAAUAGACAAUAUUAAAGUUUCUAACCCAAAGGAAUGGUUAGAGAAGCUUCAUUUGAUGCAUCUCCAAGUAUUAGACGAGAAUAGCUUGCUGGAUGAUUUUCAUGUCACAAGUGAAGUGAAAAGGAAACAGAUAAUACAUUUGAGCCAUUUUGAGAGAGGAUUUUGUGUGCCAGACCAUUGGCUGCCUGGAAGCCAGCAAAUUGAAGGAACUAAUAAUAGUUUUACUUGUUUGGAUGGCAAUAUACCUUUUAUAGAGAUUUCAUGCCCCAAUGCCUCUACUUUUAAUGCAGCAGGAAGCACAAACUUCUCUGAAAUACUUGCCCAAAAAAGCUUUUGCUUGAGAGCUAAGGAUGUUGUGCAGCUUUCCAAAUGUGGCAGUGGAUGGUCUCAGUCAUUGACAGCUGACAUUUGCCAAUGUUCAGAGAGUGAAUUAUGUAUGAAGCCAGUGCUGUCACCUGGGUCAAUGUUGAUUGAGAUUACAUAUUUAAAGGCAAAUACGCCAGACUGCUUAUCAGGACAGGAGAAAUUGAGUGCCCAGAACUUGCCAAUUGGAUCCGAAGAAAUGAGUUCUAACUGCCAAUCCAGUUUGCUUUUUGUGGGAGACGCGCUUUCUCUUGCCUACUCUAUAGAGUUGACUGCUUAUAAACCUCAAAGACUGGCUUUAUUCAACAGUUCUUCUCCAUAUUGGCUGCCAAGCAUGCUGGAAAAGACACUCAUGUACACUUUCCAUAUCUCUGCAGGACUUGGCCUUCUCAACAGUGCUCCGGUAUACUAUCUUGAUGGCGAAUCUAUGCUGGAGACCAUCAUAUCCAUUGUGGUUUCAGUGCAUCCAAGGAAGAAGAGGCGCAUUCUCUCAUUUUUUCUCAUGAGUGGGACGCUGCUUUUGCUACUUAGCAUCUUAUCCGGGAUAAGAAAAUUAAUUUUUGGACCUUUUUAGAAUCUUUGUUGUUUAAUUAGAAAUUGUUCGACCGCCUUCUCAAAAGAGAACGAGCAUUUCAGCCCAAGCAUCAGAGUAAAGAAAGAGAAACUUGACCCAUCUUCGUGCCUUUUGUUUACAAUGUUUGAGCCACAGAAAGGCUCGAACGGUUUAAUUAUUUUUCAUUAAGAGUAAAAUCAUGCUUAUUUUGGGGAUCAUUUUUCUUUAAAAUUCGAUCUACAUUAUAAUCACAGCUCUAUUCACCAAUUUCGGCUAUUUUAUGUCAUUAUGAAUGCACCAGAAAAUUUCAUCAGAUGCUUUUGAAUCA